UUAGUGCGCUGACGUCGAUGAUGCUCGCCACGAGCUUGGUUACGUCAUGCCUGGAAGCUGCAUUCGACUUCGUCCGGCAGAUCUGGCAAGUGGUGCCGUGGAGCAUCCUCUUGUUCAUCGGGGCCACCCAAGUCUCGUCGAAGCUACUGCAGGUCUACGAUAUCCCACACGAGGUCUUCAAGCUGGUGUCCACUUCCUUCUGGGAGGAGUGCACCGCGGUCGAGGCGCAAGUCCUGCUGGCCAUCGCCAGCUCGGUGAUGGCCGAAACCGCGGGCCAGCGGGUGCUCGUCCAAGUCAUGGCGCCAGUCGUGGUGAACAUCGUGAGUGGAAUGCAGCGAUCACGAGACCGUCAUCUACACGUCUGUGCACACCCGGCAGAGGUACAGCGCGUGCACCCGACGUAUUACGCGAUUCCGGUGAUCGUGGGCGCCUCGUCCAACGUCAUCAUGCCGGCGUCGGCCGCGCUCGCCCUGCUGCACGAAUUGGCGCGGGUGUCCUUCUGGAGGCUGCUUCUAUUUGGCUUGCUCGCGAAGACCAUCGUCCUAAGCAUGGUCAUCGUGAUGGUCAACGUGGCGGACAAGUACGGCAUUCUCAGCGCCCAGACGACUCCGGAAUGA